UCAGUAGGUGGCGCGUGUGUCACGGAAGUCAUGUGAUUACACGCGAGAAGAAUUAUAGGUUGCGAGGAGGAAUAUCAGAAAGAGAAAAAUGUCAGGCAAUCAAGGAAUGGAACAUUUAAUUCCCGUCGUCAAUAAACUGCAAGAUGCAUUUAGCCAGUUAGGAGUUAGUUUGACGUUGGAUUUGCCUCAGAUCGCCGUCGUCGGUGGACAAAGUGCUGGAAAAAGUAGUGUUUUGGAGAAUUUUGUCGGAAAAGAUUUUUUGCCAAGGGGAACAGGAAUUGUAACUAGAAGACCUUUAAUUUUGCAGCUAAUUCAUAAUAAUGGAGUUGAAUAUGGUGAAUUUCUUCAUACACGAGGUAAAAAAUACACUGAUUUUGAUCAGAUCAGAAAAGAAAUUGAAGAUGAAACAGAUCGCACAACUGGAUCAAAUAAAGGAAUUUCACCUCUUCCUAUUAACUUAAGGAUAUAUUCUCCAAAUGUAUUGAACUUAACAUUGAUUGAUCUUCCUGGAAUGACCAAAGUGCCAGUUGGUGAUCAGCCACACGACAUAGAAUUUCAAAUACGAGAUAUGCUUUUAUCCUUUGUCUCCAAAGAUACCUGCUUGAUUUUAGCUAUUACAGCAGCCACUCAAGAUUUAGCUACAUCAGAUGCUCUUAAAUUAGCCAAAGAAGUUGAUCCUGAAGGAUUACGAACAAUAGGAGUUAUAACAAAGUUAGAUUUGAUGGAUGAUGGUACCGAUGCUCGUGACAUACUUGAAAAUAAAAUAUUUCCUCUUAGAAGAGGAUAUGUUGGUGUAGUUAAUCGAAGUCAGAAAGAUAUUGAAGGAAGGAAAGAUAUUAGGGCAGCUUUAGAAUCUGAAAGAAGAUUUUUCCUUAGUCAUCCUGCCUAUAGACAUAUGGCAGAUAGAAUGGGAACACCAUAUCUUCAGAGGUUAUUAAAUCAACAACUAACUAAUCAUAUUCGUGACACAUUACCAUCAUUACGUGAUAAAUUGCAAAAACAAAUGCUAUCAAUGGAAAAAGAAGUAAAUGAAUACAAAAAUAUUCAUCCAGAUGAUCCAGCUCAUAAAACAAAAGCUAUGAUGCAAAUUUUUCAACAAAUGCAAACUGACUUUGAAAGAAAUAUAGAAGGUUCUGGUUCUGCAGCUAUAAAUACCAGUGAACUUUCUGGUGGAGCUAGAAUAAAUCGUAUUUUCCAUGAAAGAUUUCCAUUUGAAAUAGUCAAAAUGGAAGUAGAUGAGAAAGAACUCCGUAGAGAAAUUGCCUUUGCUAUUCAAAAUAUAUAUGGUGUUAGAGUAGGCUUGUUUACUCCAGACUUGGCCUUUGAUGCAGUUGUUAAAAAACAAAUUGCUAAAUUAAAAGAACCAUCUUUAAAAUGUGUUGAUUUAGUAGUGAAUGAAUUAGGAAAUGUAAUAAGAAAAUGUACAAUUAAGAUGAGUCGUUAUCCACGUCUUCAAGAUGAAAUUGAAAGAAUUGUAACUGUCCACAUCAGACAAAGAGAAAUGACUACAAAAGAGCAAAUUCUUUUAUUAAUUGAUGUUGAAUUAGCUUAUAUGAAUACUAAUCAUGAAGAUUUUAUUGGAUUUGCCAGUUCUCAGCAAACUACAGAUGGUACUGGUAUGAAAAGGAAAUUAGGAAAUCAGGUUAUCAGAAAAGGUUGGAUGUGUAUUCAUAAUAUAGGAAUAAUGAAAGGAUCUAGAGAUUACUGGUUCAUAUUAACAUCAGAAUCUCUUUCUUGGUUUAAAGAUGAAGAAGAAAAAGAUAAAAAAUAUAUGAUCCCUCUUGAUGGAUUAAAAUUAAGAGAUAUUGAUCCUGGAUUUAUGUCUAGACGACACACUUUUGCUAUUUUUAACCCCGAUCAAAGGAAUGUGUAUAAAGAUUCAAGACAAUUGGAAUUGUCUUGUGAAAGUCUUGAAGAAGUAGACAGCUGGAAAGCUUCAUUUCUUAGAGCUGGUGUUUAUCCUGAAAAAGCAUCUGAAGUUAAUGGAGAAGAAAAUGAUAAUAUUUCUUCAAUGGAUCCUCAAUUAGAACGACAAGUUGAAACUAUUAGAAAUUUAGUUGAAUCAUAUAUGAAAAUUGUUACAAAGACAUUUAAAGAUUUAAUACCAAAGAUCAUAAUGCAUUUAACAAUAAAUAAUACUAAAGAUUUUAUAAAAACAGAUCUUUUACCAACUUUAUAUUCUUCUGUAGAUCAGAAAACAAUAAUGGAGGAAUCUCCAGAGGAAGUAAAAAAGAGACAAGAAAUAUUACGAAUGUAUCAUGCCUGCAAACAAGCUCUCCAAAUUAUUAGUGAUGUAUCCAUGCACACGACAUAUCAACCUAUUCCUCCCCCAGUCAACAAUGAUUGGCUGUCAGUUCAAGGUUCAGAUAGUGAUAAUAGAAGGAAUCCCGAAUAUCGUCCUCCACCGGCAAUCCCAGUUUCCACUCGUCCAUCUACUGGUAUUCCUGGAUUUCGUACAGACAAUGCAGCUGCAACUUCUGGAUUACUUCAACAAAAAUCAAAUACUGCAUUACCUCCACCACUUAUACCUCUGAGACCAGUGCCUUCUAUCCCACCUCGGAUACCCGACAGACCACGACCCAAUUGAAUGAUUUUAAAAUUAAAUUUCUAUUUAAUAAUUUAAAAUUUGCCUCACAGUAUUUUAUAUCAGAUAAUAAAAUUAUUACUGUGAUUUAGAAUUUUAUUUUCUUAAAUAAGAAUUUUAAGUGAUUCUUUUUAUUAAUAUUUAUAAAAAUCUUGAACUGUGUUGUCACCAAAAAUUUUCUAGUCUUCCAAUAUUGCUAUACAAAUGCAAUAAACGAAUUUAAUAUUGUAUACAAUAUUUAUAUUUUUCAUAUAAUUCUAGUUUGACAGAAAUAAAUUGUAUAUGUUUGUAUAUACUCUUGUAGUUUCUUAAGACUAAUGAAAUGUUUUUGUUUUAUUAAACUAUGAAUGUAGAAA